AACUUCCCUCGUAUAUAUAAAUAGUACCAAACCAUAGUGUCUUUGAAAAUUGAAACCACCUCAAAGCCUAUUUUCUGUUUCUGGGGUGUCUCUAAAACAUGAACUUUCCCAAGAAAAUUUAGGAUUUUAUGUUUUUUGGUAUUUUCCUUUUGCCUCUUUGAAAACUAGGGUUGUAGAAAAAGAAAAAAGAAAAAAUGGUUGCAGAGAAGGGAAAGAAAUCUAAGGUGGUGGAGAGGGCUGAAGGGGAGGAUUCUGUUCACAUUGACAGUCAGCUUGUUCAAUAUAUCGAGAAGUUGCAAGAGGUUCAAGAUGAGCUCGAAAAGGUCAAUGAAGAAGCUGGUGACAAGGUGUUGGAAAUUGAGCAGAUAUAUAAUGAGAUACGCAGGCCAGUCUACAACACACGGAAUGAGAUUAUCAAAACCAUUCCUGACUUCUGGUUAACUGCUUUCCUGAGCCACCCUGCACUUUGUGAUCUUCUGAACGAGGAAGACCAGAAGAUCUUCAAGUACUUAGACUCUCUAGAUGUGGAGGAUUUUAAAGAUGUGAAGUCAGGGUACUCUAUUACGUUUAAUUUCAAUGAGAAUCCAUAUUUUGAAGACCCAAAGCUGACGAAAACCUUCAUAUUUUUUGGGGAGGGAACGACUAAGAUCACCGGUACAACCAUCAAGUGGAAGGAGGACACGGGUGCUUCUAAUGGAGUAAAUCACGAGGAAAAAGGAAACAAACGGCCCCGUACUGAUGCGAGCUUCUUUAGUUGGUUUACUGAAACUGAACAAAAAGAGUUUACAGAGCUUUAUGAUGAGGUUGCAGAGAUAAUAAAGGAGGAUUUAUGGCCCAAUCCCCUGAAGUAUUUUAACAAUGAGGCCGAUGAAGAGGAUUCUGAUGGUGAUGAAGGUGAUGAAGAGGAAAAUGGUGAAGAUGAUGAACAAGAUGAUGAUGAUGGUAAUGAGGGAGACAGUUAAGCUCUUUCUGGCGUGGUUUUCAAUUUUCCCCCAUUUCUCUUUAUGGUUCAUGGCAAUGAGACAAACAUUCUCCAGUUAAAGCAGACCUUUUUGGUUAGAUCGGAUGACAAUCUAUGCUGUCCAUAAUUGUACUUUUAACCGACGGUCAUUUUAUUUACUAGUUUUUCGAUUCA